AUUUUAUUAUUAUCUAGCAUCAUUAUUUACAAUGCUUCCUCAACCUAAGCUCUGGAAAACUCCUUUUCUGCAAUUCCGUGCAGGUACCAUGACUUACGAGGACGGAGUUGUGUCUCCUUGUAACUCCAGGGGGUACUUGUCAUUUAUAGACGACGGAACUGACGUAAUCGAAAUGAUUUGGUCAGGUGAAGGAACUAAUCUUGAUGUAUCUCUUCCUAUAAAAAAAGGAGAGACUGAAGUGGAGUUUGUCGAGCAGUGUACAACUGGAAGAGUUAUGCUUUUUACGAUCAACAAGGGUGCACAUAAAGGACAAUUUUUUUUUUGGCUUCAAGAUAAGUCAACAGAGAAGGACAAUACUUACCUCGAGAGUAUUAAAACUGCACUAGCUCCAAAGCAGGAUAGUUCAAAAACUGCCCCAAGAACUAUUCAACUUGCUGAGUUACAGAGGCUUAUUUCAUCUAUUUCAUCAAACAACAAUGAUAUUUCACUUAGAAAAUUAUUGCAGUCAUCGCAAAUUACUGAAGCUCUUCUUGAAGAACCUGAGUUUUACUAUGAACGCAUUAAAGAACAUCUUCCCGAGGGUGAAACUUGGGAUCCAAAGGAGAUAAAAAGAGAACUGCAGAGCUCUCAUAUUACUAGGGCAACUAGCAUUCUUGGAGCUGCUCUUAAGGACCCUCAAGCCUUCAGGGAAUUGUGUCGGGCAAAUAAUUUGUCGGCAAACGGCUCUGGUGUUCUUGCAUUUUUAAACGCAAUUAUUGAAUCAGCAAAGAAGUCAGGCUAA